UCAAAUCCACCGCGGAACACAGACUCCUGGGCCACAUAAGUUGUGGACUUGCAGGCAAGGUUCCUUACCCACUGGCCAUGGGUGGCAAUGGUGGGCAGCCCAGCGUCCACACCUAUAAAUCCCUGGUGGAGGAUGGUGCCGUCUGCUUUGCUGAGCCGCCUAAAAGACCCACGGGCAGGCUGGUCAUGCACAGCAUGGCCAUGUUUGGCCGGGAGUUUUGCUACGCAGUAGAGGCGGCCUACGUGACACCGGUGCUGCUCAGCGUGGGCCUACCCAAGAGACUCUACAGCGUGGUGUGGCUCCUUAGCCCAGUGCUGGGAUUCUUGCUGCAGCCUGUAGUGGGAUCAGCCAGCGACCACUGCCAGGCCAGGUGGGGUCGGCGCAGACCCUACAUUCUCACCCUGUGUGUCUUGAUGCUCCUGGGUAUGGCUCUGUACCUUAACGGGGAUGUCGUUGUGUCAGCUUUGGUGGCUGACUCAAGAAAGAAGGUGAUUUGGGCCAUAAGCAUCACCAUGAUCGGUGUUGUACUCUUUGAUUUUGCUGCUGACUUCAUUGAUGGGCCCAUUAAAGCCUACUUAUUUGAUGUCUGCUCCCAUCAGGAUAAGGAGAGGGGUCUACACUACCAUGCCCUCUUUACAGGUUUUGGAGGCGCCCUAGGUUACCUUUUGGGGUCCAUUGACUGGGCCCAUUUGGAACUGAGAAGAGUGCUGGGCACAGAAUUCCAGGUCAUGUUCUUCUUCUCCUCCUUGGUGCUCACUCUGUGUUUCAUUAUCCACCUGUGCAGUAUCCCUGAAUCCCCACUUAGAGAUGCUGCAAUGGACAUGCCCACACAGCAAGCCCCCCUACUACCCUCAGACAGAAUGUUCGAGUAUGGGUCUAUCAAGAAAGUUAAGAACAGUUAUGGAAACUCAAAGCUGCUGGUGCUGAGAGAAAAAGGCAAAAAUACUGCUGAACAGAGUCGAAGGACAAUGCUGAAGGCUCUGGUAAGCAUGCCUUCCCACUACCGCUAUCUUUGCAUCAGCCACUUCAUUGGAUGGACUGCCUUCCUGUCCAACAUGCUCUUCUUCACAGAUUAUAUGGGCCAGAUUGUAUACCAUGGGGAUCCCUAUAGUGCACACAACUCCACAGAGUUUCUCAUCUACCAAAGAGGGGUCGAGGUUGGAUGCUGGGGUUUGUGCAUCAACUCCAUGUUUUCGUCACUUUAUUCUUAUUUUCAGAAAGCUUUGCUAUCCUACCUGGGAUUAAAAGGCCUUUACUUCGUGGGAUAUCUUCUGUUUGGCCUGGGGACUGGCUUUAUUGGGCUCUUCCCCAAUGUGUACUCUACCCUGGUCCUGUGUACUUCAUUUGGCGUGAUGUCCAACACCCUGUACACUGUGCCUUUUAACCUCAUUGCUAAGUACCAUCAAGAGGAGAAGGAGGAGCAGAGACAGCAGUCCCUGGGAGAGGGCUCAGAUGACAGCGGGAGAGGGCAGGGUCUGGACUGUGCUGCCCUCACUUGCAUGGUGCAGUUGGCUCAAAUCAUGGUCGGAUGUGGCCUGGGCUUUCUGGUCAAUCUGGCUGGAAGUGUCAGCGUGGUGGUGAUCACAGCUUCUGUGGUGGCUCUUAUUGGCUGCUGUUUUGUGGUUCUUUUUGUUAAAUAUAUAAAUUGAAUCAAUAAAGAGACAUUGUCCCCAACCUCAAACAUAGGGGAGCCUGUG